CCUCCAAAGUCAAAACAACCCUGUGUCUUACAAAAUUAUGUUCUCAUACAACUGAACUGCAUUCUCAAAUACGUUUCAAGGGAAACGUUUUUUCUCCUGGAUUACGGCUGCAGUUUUAAACACUUUUAAACACAUGGUUAACAUAAAUUGUUAAAUUGACUUUUAAAUUCACACAGGACAAAAAACAGCGGUCUUCUAGGUGAAAGUCCUGUAUUUGUUUGACCCAUCCACCAACCCUCCUUCCUAUGCAGACUUCCAUGGACUAGUAUUACUUAUAAACAUAUUUGUGAUACAUCAAAACAAACAUAAUCUGCGACCAAAUAUGUUUCCCUUGAAACAUAAUUGUCAAUGCAGUUUUGUUGUUUGGGAAUGUAAUUUUUAGAAGAUGGGGCUGUUUUUUUUAUAUCUUGUGUGCACAAGUGAAUUGGCCUCAUACAAGAACUACUCAGACAACAGAUUAAUUCUUAAUCAGCAUGUAUGAGUGAUUUGAGAGAAAUCUGUGACAUUCAUCAAUGUUCUCGUAUCAGACCUGUUAUACAGAUAGUUUGUCUUUUUUUUCAUAAGCGAAAAAAAAAACUCUUGUUUGAUUUAGUAAUCAUAAUUCCUUAAUCUGAAUGCAUUUGGAGGUUAAAUAUGAUACCGAAAUUAACUAACAUAAAAUGUAUAACUAAAACAGACUUAAAGGAGCAGUGUGGAUCUGGCGGUUUCGAACAGUGAGGUUGCAUAUUGUAGCUGUAACUGAAGCCUUUACUGUGUGCCACGUGUGUAGGUGGUAAGUGAGUGGUGAAGCAAGAGAGAGAGUGCGACGGUGACAGCAGCAAGUAAUGUUAUCGACUCCGGCCCAAGCAGGAAAGAUAAGUGUUUGUCCGUUCUGGGCUACUGUAGAAACAUGGUGGUGCAUUAGAAUUGAUCAUUCUUGUUGACAUAUCUCAGCAGAACAACUUGUAGAAGUUGAUAGUGGUUUGAAAAUUCUCUGACAGCUGCUUCAGGCACUUAAUGCAGGUCUCUGUCCUGUCCUCCGUUGCACUAUAAUAUUCACCGGUCUGAUAUCUGCAUGACUGUCACGUCCCCCUUAACCCACCUCUCACAUUAGUCAUUAUUUAGUAUCUAACUUCAUGUCAAACCAUUCCCUGACUGUCACAGUGCAGCACUGCUCGUAUAAUUGUUCUGGGUCAUCUUUUAUCACAACUGGCACAGCUGAACGUGUCUGCUGAUAUCAGUCCAGUGUUAAAAACCCCCUCACAGGUGUUUUCAGUUAUUCUGGCUGAUUAGACCUCUGCUCAGGUUGAAGGUAGGUGGAGCUAUGAUGAUAAUCUUUUCAGUCAAAAAUCUUCAUCUAUCAAUAAGAAUGAUAAAGGAGAUACUGGAGACUCGGGGAGCUGUAAAUCACUUAGUCUAAACACGUCCACACAGUCCUGAGCAGAGGUCGGAUCGACCAGAUUAACUGAAAACACCUGUGUGGGUGUUCAGAGGCUGUAAAGUCUUUUUACUCUUUGUUAACAUUUUUUUGUGAGUGAAACUUGCCCACAAAUGAAACAAGUGGCCUUAUAUGGCAAUUUUAGGGGCGUCAGUUAUGCAAAUGACUAAAAUCUGAUCAGGUUUGAUCAUCAAAUCUCACAAACACCUCCUCAUGAACAGCUGCCUUUCAUCAGGCGGAGACAAGCAAUUUACGGCAAGUUCACGCACAGGCCAGCUGAUGUUUGAGGACUUCUUGAGAACAGAAUACAGCGAGGAGAACCUUUUAUUUUGGUUGGCCUGUGAGGACUACAAGAAAAUUACCGGUGAGACUAAAAUGACGGUUGCUGCCAAAAGGAUCUACACAGAGUUUGUCGAAGUUGAUGCGCCUAGACAGAUAAACAUUGACUGUGUGACGAGAAAAGGAAUCAGUGAAAAUCUCUCUCAGCCGGAGCCAAAUUGCUUCGACAGUGCGCAGAGACUGAUAUACGGCCUGAUGGAAAACGACUGUUAUCCGCGAUUUCUGAAAUCAGAAAUGUACCAAGCCGUCCUGGAACAGGCUGAACAGCAAUGAAAGCAGCGUGAGGGGAAAAAAGCCCGUCCGACGCCUCUCCGAGUGAUUGAUUCUGCACUUCAGCCGACUCUCCUUAGAAUCUCAGUUUAAACAAAAAAGGGCUUGUCUGUCAGAGGAAGCAGAAGUGAAAGGAGAUACAGAGCUGUCGGUAUAAGGAUUGACAGGAUCUAAAAGCCAAACAUGAUCUAAAUAAUGCAUUAAGCAGUUUUUUGAAGUCAUUUUUUGUUUGAAUUGUUUUAUAUUGCACAAAAAAAGGCCUGUAAAUCAAGAAAAGGCUGACAUUGAGUUCUGGAAGGUUGAAUUUUGUUUGGAAAGGCAAGUAUCAAGAGUAAAAUGUUUAUAAUUUGUUUGCCCAAAUUAAUAAUUUGUACCAUUAAAUGCAUUCUAAUCAAGAAGGGCUUAUGUAAUUUAUGAAGAAUUCAAUUUCAAAGCCACACAAUAUCCCGUGAACAAAAACUCAACUGUCCAAUAUGAACCUCAAUCCCAAUGACAUCAUCAGUUAAAAUUCAUUAUAUUUAAUUAUUAUAAUUCAUCUCAUAUGAAACAUUAACAAACAACAUUAUAUGUGCUUGUAUGUAAUCCAAACCUGUUAUUAUAUUGUUGGAUAUAUGAAUAAUCAGUACUGUUUUUAAUCUGUGAUCUAUCACUUUUGUAAUUUUGUUUUUGUUUAAUCCACAUCCCAUAAUGGCAACUUCAAAACAUUUCAUACUCCCUGCUCUUCAAUAAGUUAUUUCUGACAGUAAAUAUUGUGUUUGAA